AGAGCCCCGCACCGUACACCAUGCCGUCGCUCUCCGCUCCUCCGCCCCUCCUCCGCCCCUCCGCCGCCCCCGCUCCGCCGCGCGCCGCCUUCCUCAGCCCUCGCGCCUCCCCCACCUCGUCCCCCUCCGCCGCCGCCGCCGCCGCCGCCGCCUCCUUCACGACCUCCGACGCCAGGCCGCGCGCCCCGCCUUACCCUUCGUCCCCGCCCCCGCACCCGCAGCCGCACCGCGUCCUCCGCCGCCACGGGAUGCAGCCGGCGUGCACGUCCCUCUACGAGGUCCUCGGCAUCCCCGUGGGCGCCACGUGCCAGGAGAUCAAGGUCGCGUACCGGCGCCUGGCCCGGUCGUGCCACCCCGACGCGGCGGCGAUGGACCGGAAGGGCGCGUCGGCCGACGAGUUCAUGAGGAUCCACGCCGCCUACUCCACGCUGUCGGACCCCGAGAAGCGCGCCGUCUACGACAGCAGCCUGUUCUGGAGGAGGAGCAGGCCGUUGACCGUCGUGUCCGGAGGCGGCGGCGGCGGCGAGAGCUACAGGGGGAGGAACUGGGAGACGGACCAGUGCUGGUAGGCGCCCGAGCCGGCUCACUGAUUCGCGAUCCCCCCCAGAGUUUGGGACUGAUUUUAGGGAUUUAGCUGUGCAUAUACAAAAUAUCGAGUGGAGCUUUAGCUUUUGUUGUAUAGAGUAAAUACGAAGCAGAGUUAUGGAGGAAGUGAAAAAGUAUGAAAGGUGCCUGAUUUUGGUAGGCACACCAUCUGAUCUGAUUCUUGGGUAUUGUGACCGAUUUGAGAUUGGAGAUCGAAUUCUUGCUGCGUUUUUGGUCAAUCGAUUACGAAAGGAAUUGAAGGGAUGCUCUUGAUUAUCUCAUCGCAUCCUUUUU